CACUCAGCUUGUGGAGGUGCCAUGGCCAAGGCACACCUGCUGGUGUGGCUGCUGCUGCUCACCCUCUGUGGCCCAGCCACUGCCGCUGUCUGGACCUCCUCAACCCUGGCCUGCGCCCAGGGCCCUGAGUUCUGGUGUCAAAGCCUGGAACAAGCACUGCAGUGUGGAGCUCUGGGGCACUGCCUGCAAGAAGUCUGGGGACAUGUGGAAGCUGAUGAUCUGUGUCAGGAGUGUGAGGACAUCGUCCACAUCCUCACCAAGAUGACCAAGGAGAACAUUUUCCAGGACACGAUAAGAAAGUUUCUGGAGCACCAGUGUGAUGUCCUCCCGCUCAAGCUGCUUGUGCCCCAGUGUCCUCACAUGCUCAACCUCUACUUCCCGCUGAUCAUCAACUACUUCCAGAGCCAGAUUGAUGCGAGGGCCAUCUGUGGCCAUGUGGGCUUGUGCAAACUUGGGCAUCCUGAGCCAGGGCAGGAGCCGGCGCAGGAGCCAAGGCCGCUGGACCCUCUGCUGGACGGUUUGGUCCUGCCAGUGUUGCCUCCCAGUGAGACGCUCCAGAGGGAGGCUGGGCCUCACACUCAGGACCUCUCAGAGCAGAAGUUCCCCAUCCCCCUGCCCUUCUGCUGGCUCUGCAGGAUGCUGAUCAAGCGAGUCCAGGCUGUGAUCCCCAAGGGUGUGCUGGCUGUGGCUGUGGGCCAGGUAUGCCACGUCGUGCCCCUGGUGGUGGGCGGCAUCUGCCAGUGCCUGGCCGAGCGCUACACUGUCAUCCUGCUGGACGCCCUGCUGGGCCGCGUGCUGCCUCAGCUGGUCUGCGGCCUUGUCCUCCGGUGCUCCACUGUCGACAGCUUCGGCCCGGCUCUUGUGGCUCUGGAGUCCCCGCUGGGAGAAUGGCCACCCCAAGACCCCACAUGCCACCUCUGUCUGUCACUGACCACCCAGGCCAGGAACAGCACAUUACCGGCCACACGGCAGGCUGUCCUCCAGGCCUGUCACAGUGCCUGGCCACACAGAGAAGAGUGCGAGCCCUUUGUGGAGCAGCACACGCCCCAGCUGUUGACCCUCAUGUCCAGGGGCUGGGACGCCCACACCACCUGCCAGGCCCUGAGGGUGUGCACAGCCCCCCUCAGCCCUCUCCAGUGCACCCAUGACGCUCACUUCUGA